UAUUCUCCUCUUUUCUCUCCAAUUAUUCUCUGAGCUGUAAUAACAAAAAAGAAAAGAUUCUCUCGAUCAAACUUGCCGGAAUCCAUGGAAGACUUCGGCCGUCAACGACCAUACGGAGACGGAGGGAUGCAGAUCCAGCCUUACCACGGCGGCGCUUCGGGAACCGGAGAUUUCAGGAGCUAUAGCGCAUCGUACGGGACGAGGGACAACAAUAUAUACGAUGUGAAAAAGGAGAAAUCGAUAGCAAGAUCCAAGUCGUGGGGAAUAACGGACCCGGAGCUCCAGAGGAAGAAACGGGUCGCGAGUUAUAAGAUGUAUGGUGUUGAAGGUAAAGUCAAAGGCUCUUUUAGAAACAGUUUCCGAUGGCUUAAGCAGAGGAUCCAGAAAUUAGGUUAGAUGGGGAAUUUUCUUGUUUGAUGCUCUUUGAUUAAAAUUAUUAGUUUCCU